AAAAAAAAACCAAAGAGGAAAGAAAAGAGAAGGGAAUGAGAUGUGUUUGGUUGGGUGGCGUGGAGUUUGUUAGUGUUGAGCCGCAUCCACUCUUAUCGGAGAGUACAGUGGAAAGGAGAGUAACGAAGAGCAGAUACCAGACCGCAUACCCAGUACCCUCUCUCUCUCUCUCUCUCAGUAAUCUAUCCCUUCUUCCCAUAAACAAUCACUUCUCUCUAUCUAUCUUUUUUGGUUUUUACAUCUGUUGUUGUUGUGGGGGUGAUUUAGAUAUAUAAAGUUGGGAAAAAGAAAAAAGAAAAGAUAUGUUGGAUUUUGGCUGUUCAUCAUUUCCUCUUCCUGAAAUUUACGGAUUACCCUGUAAUCUCUGUCGAGAUCGUAUGGGGAAAGAGAGUAUCGGUUGAGACUGUACAGGGCGUGAAACUGAACCAUUGUGCGUUUGGUUUGCUUGGGUCCUCUGGUUAUCGAAUUGGGUUUUCUUUUUGGAUGGGGAGUUCGCUUGCUUAGUUCAGAGAGAAGAGAAGAAUCGACGGGUUGGGUCUGAUUUUUCACGGGCAAGGCGGUCUCAGGAAAUGAACAUGGAUAGCGGAGGAGGAUCGGUUUCUUUGGCGAAUUCGAUCCUGACCAAGAAGGCGGCUGAUGCGAUUUCCGAUCAGUUCCCGGCUGGUCUUCGGGUUCUGGUUGUUGAUGAUGACCCGACGUGUCUCAGAAUCCUGGAUAAGAUGCUUCGGAACUGUCUAUACGAAGUUACCAUCUGUGACCGAGCAGAGGUUGCAUUAUCUUUGCUUCGAGAGAGCAAAUCUGGGUUUGAUAUCGUUAUCAGUGAUGUCCACAUGCCUGACAUGGACGGGUUUAAGCUCCUCGAGCACAUUGGGCUGGAGAUGGACCUUCCUGUUAUCAUGAUGUCUGCUGAUGAUGGAAAAGACGUUGUCAUGAAGGGUGUUACACAUGGGGCAUGCGAUUACCUUAUUAAACCCGUUCGGAUUGAGGCACUCAAGAACAUUUGGCAGCAUGUGGUUCGAAAGAGAAGGAAUGACUUGAAGGAAUUGGAGCAAUCAGGGAGUAUGGAAGAUAGUGACAGACAUCGGAAGCCAUCUGAAGAUGGGGAUUAUGCAUCCUCAGUGAAUGAUGGUAAUUGGAGAAACUCAAAGAGAAGGAAAGAUGAGGAAGAAGAAGGGGAGGAGAGGGAUGACACAUCCACAUUGAAGAAACCACGGGUGGUCUGGUCAGUCGAGCUCCAUCAGCAGUUUGUUGCAGCUGUCAACCAAUUAGGCAUUGACAAGGCUGUUCCUAAGAAAAUUCUUGAGCUGAUGAAUGUCCCUGGACUCACUAGGGAAAAUGUUGCCAGCCACCUUCAGAAAUACCGCUUGUAUCUUAGAAGGCUGAGUGGAGUAUCACAGCAUCAGAAUGGACUGAACACACCUUUCAUGGGUCCACAAGAAGCAAGCUUUGGACCAAUGUCUACUCUUGAUGGGCUUGACCUACAAGCUCUUGCCGUAUCAGGUCAACUAGCACCUCAGAGCUUAGCCACGCUACAGGCAGGGGGACUUGGAAGGUCAACUGCAAACGCCAGCAUAAGCAUGCCUCUUGUUGAUCAGAGAAACAUUUUUACCUCUGACGCAUCAAAAUUGAGAGUUGGAGCUGGGCAACAAUCAGUGAACAGUAGUAGCAAACAGGUGAACUUAAUCCAUGGACUCCCUACCAACAUGGAGCCAAAACAGUUGUCCCAUCUGCACCAAUCUGUCCAGUCAUUUGGUACCAUGGGUUUGCAAGUCAGUGAGGGAGUUUCGAGUUUUCUAAACAUACCAGCAACAUCACUAAGAACAAGCUCAUCCCAUGUAGAUAGUGUCCUUGGUAGCCAGAAUAGUUCUUUAAUGAUUCAGAUGGCCCAACCCCAGUCAAGGGGCCACUUAUUGAAUGACAUCACAGGAAGCCAUUCUUCUGGGCUUCAAUCAUCCAUGGUACAGCAAAUAUUCUCAAAUGAGAUAGCAGGUCAGGUGUUGGGAAGAAAUGGAGUUAUUCUAAAUGGUAAAGGUGCAGCUUACAAUCUGGUUUCCCAAGCCUCCCCAAUGGCUGAUUUUCCUUUGAACCACAUUGCAGAAUUGCCUGGAAAUGGUUUGCCUAUUGGAAAUACUCUCACAUCUUCUUCUACUCUGACAUCCACAGGGAUGUUUCAAGGAGGAAAUGUGGACACAAAAGGACCAAGAGGCUUUGCUCCUGUUUGUGACAUAUUUAGUGAGAUUUGCCAGAGCAAACCCCAAGACUGGGAAUUACAAAAUGUGGGUCUUACAUUUGAAGCAUCUCAACCUAUCACCUCUGUACAGGGGAAUGUGGACCUUACACAAGCAGUUUUGGGCAAUCAAGGCUUUGCUUCUAGUCAAAAGAACUUACUGAAUAGGAACGCAUCUGUUGUUGGCAAGGCAGUGGUCCCCCAGCGACAAGAAAAUGAACAUGGAAAGAUAGAAGCCAGUGUUCAGCGCCCUAUCAACCCCCUUCUUAACAAUUCCUUUAGGGUAAAGCCUGAAACAAUAUCUGAUUUUAGCUGUGACAAUUUGCUCAUUCCGCAACGCUACGGUCAGGAUGAUCUUAUGAGUGCACUUUUCAAGCAGCAGCAAGAAGGCACCGGAUCCCUUGAAAGUGAGUGCAAUUUUGAUGGAUAUACCAUGGAUAAUAUUCCAGUAUAGGCGGUGGCACAAUUAUCUCCAUGUUGGCAGUAUAUUUAAUCUGCAUAGUUCUUUAAACAUAUAAAAAAUUCUAUCUAUUUUUCAGUUGGGAGGAGGAUGUUUGAAGUUUAUAUCCCACUCCAGGAGCUCAGGUUGCUCAAUUUCCCAUAGGCCAUGUCUUGCUGUUACAGAUAAGCUAUUUGCUGGUAAAAUCGAAUUUAAAGAAAGCAAAGGCUGUGCAUAAGGCGUUAAUUAAAAGCUUGUUGGGUGCAGAUUCAAUAACCUGGGUCUCAAGUAGAAAUAUUGUAAGAUACAGUUGCAUGAUAUGCAAAGGUGUACAUGCAAAGUUUUGACUGCUUUUAGUAGCAUAGGCUGACGAGAAACAUCUGGUUCUAGAGAGAGGGCUAUGAAGAUGUGAGGGCACGGAUGAUGGACUAUUUGGAAGUUCGAUGCAGAGAAGACAUCAUUCAAGGAAGGAGGUAGUUUAACUGUAAUGCAACAUCCAGUCUGCUCUCUAGGAAGUAGGAACUGACUUUUUUUUUUUGUACAAAUUUCAUUUGAUUGUUCAAGACAUAAAUGUGGAUCUUCUUUGUUUGGCCAUUAUUCUGUGUUAGCCUCUUAUCUCUAAUUAUAGAUGUUGUGACUACUAAUCUCUCAAGUCGCAAUCCCUUUUUUUCUGCGAAUUUCCCUUUUGUUGUUGUUACAUUGACUUAAUCGUGAAUCGUCCUUUCACUC